CACUACACCCUUCCCUCUUCACGUGACCACCUAGCGGCGUGCUUGGCUAGCCUCCGGCCAAUCCUGUGCCGUGGGGCAGAUGAUGGGGGUCACGCCCCUCUCACCAUCGGCCUCCUUUCCCUUCCGUCCGCACCACGUGUUCUGCCGGGCCUGGUCCCCUCCUCCCUUCCUCCGUUUGCUUCCUCUUCUGCCCCUUCCCACUGCCCAGCAGGAGCUGCUGUAAAAUGUCGUGAAUGGCACCAGGCGGCUUUACGGUUUGCUUGUUCCUGAGGAGAGCCUGGGAGCGUCCGCCGGUAGAGCUCUCUCUCUAAAUUUCCUCAGGCUCCCUCAUCCUGGACGCUCUUCUCCAAUACCUUCUCCUGCUCAUCCUCCUCCUCUCCUCGGGCUCCUCUCUCUCUUUUGCUCUUCCCCCUCCCCCGGUCCCUCCCUUGUCUCCGGAGCUGUAAGCGCUGCCAUGAGGCUGUGGUGCCCCCUGCCCCUGGGUUGAGGCGGCAGGUGUCGCGGGAGGCUGGGAAAGGGGGCCGGGUGGGGGUGCGGCCGUGUGUGCGUGUGUGGCGGGGGGGAGGGGUGGUCUGCGAGGCACCCCGGGGCCGGCGGCAUGGAGGAGAGCAUGGAGGAGGAGGAGGGCGGCGGCAGUGGCGGCUAUGAGGCUAUGAUGGACGACCAGAACCACAACAACUGGGAGGCCUCCAUGGACGGUUACCGGCGGUUGUUGCCGCCCCAACCGCCGCCCCCCACCUCCUCCUCCUCCUCUUCGCCCCGGGAGCCGCCGGGAGUGCAGCUGCUAGCUGUGGCAGCGGCUGCCACCGAGAGGAAGGGCCCUAAGGAAGGGCUGGGACCUCCGCCCGAGGCCAACGGGGUGACGAUGAUGAUGAUGAAGAGCUGCGACGCGGCCCCAGCCAAGGCGGCCACCGCUCCCACCCCUAGCGCUACCAUCAACAUCAAUACCUCCACCUCCAAGUUCUUAAUGAAUGUUAUAACUAUUGAAGACUAUAAGAGCACAUACUGGCCAAAAUUGGAUGGUGCCAUAGAUCAGCUUUUAACUCAGAGUCCUGGUGACUAUAUCCCUAUAUCAUAUGAACAGAUAUACAGCUGUGUGUAUAAAUGUGUAUGCCAGCAGCACUCCGAACAGAUGUAUAGUGAUCUGAUUAAAAAGAUAACUAACCACUUAGAGAGAGUCUCAAAGGAGCUGCAGGCCAGCCCUCCAGAACUCUAUAUUGAAAGAUUUAACUUAGCACUUGGACAAUAUAUGGGAGCAUUGCAGAGCAUUGUGCCUCUUUUCAUAUAUAUGAAUAAAUUUUACAUAGAAACCAAGCUUAACAGAGACCUAAAAGAUGAUCUUAUAAAGCUGUUUACGGAACAUGUUGCGGAAAAGCACAUUUACAGCCUAAUGCCUUUACUUUUAGAAGCCCAGUCAACACCAUUUCAAAUAACACCUUCAACUAUGGCAAAUAUUGUGAAAGGCCUGUAUACACUUAGACCAGAGUGGGUUCAGAUGGCACCAGCUUUAUUUUCUAAGUUUAUCCCAAACAUACUCCCACCUGCAAUGGAAUCAGAGCUUCAGCAAUAUGCAGCUCAAGAUCAGAAACUCCAGAGAGACCUUUUACAAAACGGAUUUGCAAGAGGUGAUCAGUCACGUAAGAGAGCUGGAGAAGAAUUAGCUUAUAGUGUCCACAUAAGGACCAACUUUUCCUGAAGUUCAAACUGACUAUCCUGCAGAUGGCUCAUCACCACGUGCCAGUUCCAGAGGGUACAGAUAGUGAAUGUGUCCUGGAUGUGCUUUUAUUCCUAAAAGGAAACCCUAGAGGAACUGGGAUUGUAUCCAGAGCACCAGCUUGGGCCCUGCUAAAACUCAGGAGCUCUGUCGCCAAGGUAGACUUGGAAGAGGAGGUUGGACUUCAUACUUGGUUUUAUAAUUUUUCUUAAAAAGUCAGUUGCUGCUAGACAUGGGGAUAAUUUUAAGAGGUGACAAUCUUUCAACAAAUUUUAUUCACACCUCUUCUGUGAGGAACAGGUAUCUUGAGAAGCAUUGCUCGGUGAAAAUCAGCAGCCCAAAUCAGCAGCUUCCUGCAAAAGACCAGAAGAAUUCUUUUUUGCACUUAUUUUUUGUUCGUUUGUGGACUGUUAAGCGUGUUGGUAUAUAUCAGUUUCAUAUGACAAGAUAUCUUUUACUAAAAAAAAAAUCAUUACAAUACAGUAUUUUUUGUCUAUAACCAAAACAACCCCCCUUUUAAAGAGUUGGUCCUUUGUUUAGCAUUAGAAAGUGUGUUAAAAGAGAUUAUUAACUCUGCUUUGUCAUAAAUAUUCUGAAUUCUCAUUGGUUCAAUUUUUUCCACUCUGUGCCUUGAGCUUUGUGCACUUUGCAGCAACUGAUUUCAAAUUCAAAGAUGCUUCCUGAUGAUGCUUGUGGUGUCAUAUACUAACCCAGGAAGGCACUAACUGCUACUUGGCUGGCAGGGUGCUAAUUAAGGGGGGGACAUUGUUAAUUUGUAGCAAAUUGGUCAGAUUCUCUAUCUCCUUUAAUAUGUGUAUGCUCAUAUUCGUGUUGGGGACCAACUCUUUGAGAAAUUCUCAUUCCGUUUAUCACUUAACCAUGAAUAUGUCAGCUCCUGCAGUGAUGGCAAUAAGUUAAUUUUUGAACCUUACAACUUAACACUACUCUGUUUCUAAGGUUAUCAGAACUAACACUGUCUGAAGUUCUGAGUUAGAUUUUUUAAAUCCAAAUUGAAUCAGUGGUGUAGGGUUCCUGAUCCAUUUCUUUUUUUAAUGGGUGAGACGUGUACAUGUAUUUGGCAAGACAAAGCAGUUUGACUAGCUUUUAGUAGCCAUAUCAUCCUGUCAGAGCUCCUUGGCAUAACAGGGGUGGGGUUAGAACCUCUUCUGUCAUAAGAACGUUUCCUAGCAGAGACAAAGGAGUAUUUUCUCUUCUAUACCCACAAUACUCUUUCCUGGCCAAGUUCUUUUAAGUUUAUUCCAGUUUGAAAGGGGAAGAAAAUUGCAAGGUGUGGCAAGAAGAAAUAUUUCUUUCUUCUUUCCUUAAAUCCAAACAGACUAUAUUGCUUUUUGUAACAGACUUCAGUUUUAUGUGGCUAUGUCAGAAUACUUUUACCUCUUUGAAAACUGCAGAGGUGGCAAAGAGGCCUUUAGAAAAGGGACCCUUUGGGUUUGUCCACUCACUCCUGAUUUGAAGCCUUAUCUCAUGUAGCCUCUGUAAAUUUUAGGAGGCUCUUUUGAAGGGAGUUAGGCAAUAAGUCAUAAUUUUGAAAAGAAAGAACCAGGAGAGCUAUUCAUCCUUUCAAAGGAAGCUUCUACUUCGGAAAAACUUGUUUCAUUAGGAAAGCAAGAAUUGAAGGUGGUGUUGGGUUUUCCAGUAAGGAUCAGUGGUUAAGGAGAACCUUUCAGUCUUAUGGAGCACUUUGAGCAGGGUCCAUUUAACCAUCCAAGGAUCUAUAGAUUGUGGUAAUAGAUAUUGAAUUAUUGUAAAAAAAAAAAGUGUAUAUAUAUAUAUGCAUACAUAUGUGUGUGUAUAUACAUAUACGCACACACAUGUACAGGAACAAAAUGUGACCUGAGAAAUUGAUUUGCUACAUCAAUAACAUUCUAAUUUAGAAUGUUGAAGAACUCUUUCAUCAUGCAGUUAGAAUUUUACUUUGUUUAAUAAAAAGUUUGAUAUUGGUCUUGUAAAUAGUACACAGAACUGAAGUCUCACAUCUGAGAAAGUGGUUAUAACAAUUUUUCAUUAGGAAGUAAACUUUUCAAUAUCCCGCAAGAAGGAAAAAACUGAACAUUCCUCUUAAUGUAGAUGAACUCAUAAGCACCCUAGCAGUAGUGAAAGCCUUUUCCCACAAUGUAGCACUCUUGCUUGUCCAACAGUAUGUAUGAACUUCCUUUGUAUGAAAAAAAAAAUACUGUAUUAUGUUGUGAAUUGGCAUUAAAAUUUCUGUAUGUUUUUGCAUUAUUAA